ACGUGGUCUCUUUUUCUUUUAUCCUUUCUCAGUCAAGAUGAACACAACCAAACAGUAGAGCAUGCAGUAGUAUCUACUGUAGGCGUGGACAUACCAAUUACAUACUUAUAUAGCAACUAUAAGCUGGUUAAAUAAUGGAGAGGGAAAGAAUAGAAGAUGGAUUUGCAAACACUGAUCCUUUGCUUUCUAGCCAUGGAGAUAAGGCCACACCAACAGUCGUAUUCAGCACCUUGGUUGCCGUAUCCGGCUCCUUCGUUUUUGGUUCUGCUGUGGGAUUUUCUUCACCCGCUCAGAAUGGGAUAAUACAGGAUUUAGGCCUAUCUGUGGCUGAGAGUUACUCAGGUAGUGAAUCAAGAGUACAACACAUAUUCUGCUGCUUGUUUAUAAUGUACUCUGUAUUUGGUUCAAUAUGGACAAUCGGAGCGAUGAUAGGUGCUGUAAUGAGUGGAAAACUUGCAGAUCUUUUCGGCCGGAGAGGUGCAAUGGGCUUCUCUGAACUAUUUUGUCUUUUGGGGUGGCUUGCAAUUAUUUUUGGCAAGAAUGCUUUGUGGCUUGACAUUGGGAGGUUGUUGAUGGGAUAUGGAGUUGGCAUUAUUUCUUACGUGGUACCUGUAUAUAUAGCGGAAAUAACACCUAAGAAUCUCCGAGGCGCAUUCACUACUGUAAAUCAGCUAAUGAUAUGCUGUGGAGUAUCACUUAUGUAUGUCGUUGGAGUAAUCAUCAAUUGGCGCCUACUGGCUGUGAUUGGAGCUAUUCCCUGUAUAAUCCAGCUUUUGGGCCUGUUUUUCAUACCAGAGUCACCUAGAUGGCUGGCUAAGGGUGGUCAGUGGAAAGACUGUGAAGCUUCUCUCCAGCGCCUUAGGGGGAAGGAUGCCAAUAUUUCAGAAGAAGCUGCUGAAAUUAAAGAUUACACAGAAACACUUCAGAAACUCUCUGAGGCUAAGAUAAUUGAUUUGUUUCAGAAGAAAUAUGCACAUUCUCUUAUAGUUGGAGUGGGCUUAAUGGUAUUGCAACAAUUUGGAGGGGUCAACGCUAUUUCAUAUUAUGCAAGUUCUAUUUUUGAGUCAGCUGGUUUCUCUGGCAGGAUUGGAUCAAUUGCAAUGGUGGCUGUACAGAUCCCAAUGCAAGUUUUAGGAGUUCUCUUGAUGGACAAAUCAGGAAGGCGGCCAUUACUGAUGGUCUCUGCUGCAGGGACAUGCUUGGGUUGUUUCCUUGUAGGAUUGUCAUUCUUACUACAGGAUCUUCAACUUUGGAAGUCUAGCCCCUUUUUGGCACUUGUGGGUAUACUGGUCUUUACUGGAUCUUUCUCAUUAGGCAUGGGAGGCAUACCGUGGGUGAUUAUGUCAGAGAUAUUCUCCAUCAAUGUCAAAGGUUUAGCUGGAAGCCUGGUGACAGUAGUCAGCUGGUUCGGUUCUUGGGUUGUUUCAUAUUCGUUCAACUUUCUUAUGCUAUGGAGCUCUGAAGGAACAUUCUUCAUAUUUUCAGCAGUAUGUGGUUUGACUGUUAUGUUUGUUGCAAAGCUGGUUCCAGAGACCAAAGGGCGUACCUUGGAAGAAAUACAAUCAUCGAUGAAUUCCUUUACAUGAUCAAUGAACUCUAUGUCCUAGGUGAUUCAAAUUAGUCUAGGUAAAGCUCUGCAUAUUGAAUCCUAGGAAUUUGUUCACCAGUGUUGGUAAUAAGGGAAGCAGUGCCUGAAAACAUCAUAGAGAAAUGCAUCUAAUUGGUUAAAGCCCAAGCUACCCUAUAAAAAUUCCAGUUUAUUCCCUCUUUUACUAUCGAAAGUUUACUUUA